GAAGAUGUUGCUGUGGGGUCAGAAAGAGUAGAAGAUGAGAAACAAAUGGUCAUAAAAAGUAGCAGUGAGUGUAAUACCCUACUACAAGAACCCAUUACUGCUUCUCAGUUUGGUGGUACUGAAAUGACAGAAUGCCAUAAGUCUGUCCCAUGUGGAUGGAAAAGAGUUGUGAAGCAAAGGGUAUCUGGAAAAACAGCAGGAAGAUAUGAUGUAUAUUUUAUCAGCCCACAGGGACUGAAAUUCAGAUCCAAAAGUUCACUUGCUAAUUACCUUCAUAAAAAUGAAGAGACUUCUCUUAAGCCAGAAGAUUUUGAUUUUACUGUACUUUCUAAAAGGGGCAUUAAAUCAAAAUAUAAAGACUGUAGCACAGAGGCUCUAACAUCCCAACUGCAAAAUGAAAGUAGCAUUUCAAACCGGAACCUCAGGACAAGAAGCAGGUGGAAGAAAGAUGUAUUUCCUCUGCCAAGUGGUAGUUUGGAAUUGCAGGAAAGCAGAGGACUAGCCGACGUUACUUCCAUUAAUUUGCUUUUGAAAGAGAAUGACAGUGUUAAUGAUGUUGACUCCAAAAAGGUUAGAAAGUCCAAAGGAAAGAUGACUAUUCUGAAAGGAAUUCAAAUUAAAAAAACUAAAACUGGGUGCCGGGAGAGUCUUCUGGAUUCUGUUCAAAGUAAUAUAGAAAGAGAAUCUGUGUAUAAUAAGGCAGAAGCUGAAAGUGAACCUAUUGUACAAGAAAAUCAGCUUGAUAGAACUUUCUGCAUUUCUGACACCGAAGCAAGCGACAAGACCUUCAAUGUGACCAGUGAAGAAAAGAGACUUAUAAAAGAAAAAUCAUUGAGUUCAAGAUCAAAUUUUAGUUUUGAACAAAUAACUUCUGGCAUCAUAAACAAAUUAUGUUCAACCAGAGAAGCAGAACACAAGGAGAAGUGCGAGGAUACCAUUUUAGAAUCUGAGGAAAUAAGAACUAAAGUAGAAGUUGGGGAAAGGAAAGAACAUUUGCAUAUUGACAAUUUAAAAUGUGGCUCUGAAAUGGACAACAACUGCUUGCAAACUGAGAAAGAGUCUACUGUGAAAAUAUGUCAAGAAGACACCAUUCCACGGUCACAAACAGAAAAAAGGAAAACAAGCCUAUAUUUUUCCAGCAAAUAUAACAAAGAAGCUCUUAGCCCCCCACGACGCAAAGCCUUUAAGAAGUGGACACCUCCUCGGUCACCUUUUAAUCUUGUCCAAGAAACACUUUUUCACGAUCCAUGGAAGCUCCUCAUUGCUACUAUAUUUCUCAAUCGGACCUCAGGCAAAAUGGCAAUCCCUGUGCUUUGGGAGUUUCUGGAGAAGUAUCCUUCAGCUGAGGUAGCAAGAACCGCAGACUGGAGAGAUGUGUCAGAACUUCUUAAACCUCUUGGUCUCUAUGAACUUCGAGCAAAAACCAUUAUCAAGUUCUCAGAUGAAUAUCUGACGAAGCAGUGGAGAUAUCCGAUUGAACUUCAUGGGAUUGGCAAAUAUGGCAAUGACUCCUACCGAAUUUUUUGCAUCAAUGAGUGGAAGCAGGUACAUCCUGAAGACCAUAAGUUAAAUAAAUAUCAUGACUGGCUUUGGGAAAAUCAUGAAAAAUUAAGUCUGUCUUAAAACGCUGAAGUUUCCAAACUCAUUUUUUAUAUAUUGCUUUGCACUUUGAUUCUUCAUAGCUCCAUUAUGUCAACCAACUACCUUUCCAAGUAUAUAGAUUUUAAUCAGGCCAACUAGAAACCUAAUUAUGUUUUCUUAAUGCUUGUGUCACUAGUAGAUCUUUGCUACUGAAUGUGCUACAACAUGUUUUGAGAUUUUUUAAAAUAAAUUGUUAUUUGACAGCAAUCCUAAAAAUGCAUAUGACUUUUCCAAUAAUGAAAUGUGAUUUGAAAGUGAAAAAAAACUUUUCUAAACUGUCAAUAACACAAAGCAAAUUUUUGUCAACCUUGCUUGAGGAAAGUUUAGACUUUGUUUUCUUUCUAUAAAAAUGAUACUGUACAAUUGUUAUAUGAAGAAACAAAGAGUUUGCAGCCAAACAUGUAAAGAGAUAUUACAGUAAGUAUUAGGGAGUUAAUUUUAAAAAAUAUGUUUACUAAAAAGAGCUAACCCUCAAAGAAAAAUAAGAUUCUUUUAUCAUCAUGUGUUGGAUUUUAAGAAUUGGAUAUUUGACCCCAGCAUCCAUUUGAUAACCUAGUGUGAAUAUCUGCCUGCAGCUCCAUUUCAGAGUAUCGGCUUCUGGCUGGCUCAUGCAUGUUACUUUAAUCCCUUUGUAAAAACUCUAGCAUUUACCCAUCUCUCAUCUUCCAGCUGGAGAUCAGGAGCUUUUAAGUGUUAUGUCAUUUUUAAUACAGGUUUUGUAAUGUUAUAGCUAAAAUACUGAAAUAUUUGCCUAGAAGAAAACACCAAACCAAAAAAAAUAUCCCAUUAGUAAGUCUCAAAGACCAAUCACCAUUUUAAGGUAUAAUUUGAAAAUUAAAUGGAUUGAAUAAGUGAAAAAUAAAUAAAUUGUUAGGAAAACUACCUUUGUUGUAGGGUGGUGUGUGUGAAUAGAAUGCAGUAUGCUACAGAGCUCAUUGGUUGUUUCCAUUUUAACGAGCAAGUUUGUUUUUAGAGAGGGAUGGAUUAUGACCAGAGAACAGGAAAACUGGCCAGACACACACCCCACGGCAAACACCCUCUUUAUAACUUCCUAUCACAUUUUUAUUUAACAAAUAUCAAAGUAGCUUUCACUAAGUGCAAAGUUAUAUGCUGAGGAGUGACACAAAGAUGAAAAGGCUCUGUAGAGACCUUAACAGGAAGAGGGAAAGGCACACACAAUAAUGAAGGGGAGCAAAGUGGGUAAGGGGGGAACGAGGUGCCCAAACACUGCAGCUAGGAGAAUAGAGAGGUCCCUGAAACCCCAGGCCACAACUGGAGUUGGAGGCUAGGGCAGCCUCACCAAGCUUAGGGCAUCGGGUGUGUCUGGGCCUACUGUCAAAUCCUGUCCCUCAUCUCCAUCAGGAGUGCUACAGCCAGGCCUGGCUUUUUCCCUUUGCUAAAGAUGAGGUUUCCUGACCUCUACCUAUUUCCUCAUCUCUUCAGAAUAGGCUGGUGGUGCCUACCUCCAAAGGUUGUUAUGAUUAUUAAGUUAAUACAUGUAAGUGCUUAAAUGGAGUGUUACUUAUAAAAGUGCUACAUUAAUGUGGCCCAUAGGGAUGGUCUGAGUGUCUGCCUUAGGUUGUAGAGAGGGUCACAAAGAAUGCAUUUCAGUCACAGGGGUACCUUAUGCAGAGUAAGCACUCAAGUGUUUAAAGGUUUUUUUAAACUUUAUUGAAACAAAAUUCACAUAAAAUUCAUCAUGUAACCAUUUUAAAAGUAUACAAUUUAGUGGUUUUUAGUACAUUCCCAAUAUUAUGCAACCAUUCUCAUUAAUUCCAGAACAUUUCCAUCACCUCCAAAAAGAAACUCUUUACCCAUCAGCAAUCAAACCCAAUGCCCCCACACCACCCUGACCCCCAGCGUCUGGCAACCACUAAUCUGCUUUGUGUGUCUAUGGCUUUGCCUAUUCUGGGCAUUUCUUAUAAAUGUAAACAUAAUGUGUGGCCUUUAGGGUGUGGCUUCUUUCACUUAGCACAAUGUUUUCAAGGUUCAAGGCAGCAUAUAUAUCAGUACUUCCUUUUUAUGACUAAACAAUAUUCCAUUGUAUGGAUAAACAUUUAUCCAUUCAUUAGCUGAUUGACAUUUCAAAUGCUUAUUAUUAAUACUCCACUUCUCAAGUUCUGUAAUUCCAAACCAUAGUAUCCAGUUUUACCUGGGCAAAGCAUACAAAAAACUGUCUUUGGCCACGACUCAUUUGGGUUUCUACAACCCCUCUGGAGGACGCAAGGCCUGUUCUUUGAAUGAGGACACUGAGAUGGAAAAAUAGGGACCUGCCAAAGAUCUCACGGUUUACUGGAAAAUCAGAGAUUUAUUACUCCAGAUACAAGGGCCACUGGGCUAAACUAAGAAAUCCUGCCUUUAGCCAAGGCUCCGGGAACUCUGUUCCGCUUAGGUUUUCUAACGCCCCUCCCAGGACCCGUGGAGGGAAUCUAAUUCGCAUGCGCUCAGUACAGGACAAAUCCACCCUCUGCUGACCUUCCGACACGUGGUGGCGCUCAGCCAAUCAGCGCGGGGUGUCUGUAGUCCUAGCAACAGGCUGUUUCUAAGCUGUGCGUGUCUCAAGUCUCUCGCAAAACUUAACAAUUACUGUUUUUCAGGUAUCUCUACACCCCCGCAAAGCAAGCAAGCGCGUGCGUGCGCUCGCAUAUGCACGCGCACGCGCGCGCACACACACACACACACACACACACACACACACACACACACACACCAGCGCCAUGAACAUGGACUAUACCAAUGAAACGUUCGAGGCUUUGUUCCUGUCGCUGCUCGGGCUCUACCAGUCUAAGACCUCAGUUGACAAUGAAAAUGCCCACAGGGAUGCCGUCUUCAAUCCUGAACUGGUCAUUGCCCACUGCUUCAAGCAGUUCAAGCAGGAAGACUUCCACCUGCCUCGAAGCCGCCGGCGGAUCAUCAUCUUGCCUCAGAAGGAGGAUCCGAUGCCCAUCAAUCCCACACCUCAACCUCAGGCUUCCCCACAUCCCAUCCCCAGCUUCAAAGCCCCGGAAGCCAGGGACAUCCAAGAACAGCCGGAGGAUGUAAAGACCUGGCUGAGCCGGAGAUUGAAGUUUCGGCAGGAUCUGGAGUCAUUUGGCAACACAGAAAGGUGGCUGCAGAACAAGUCCAGCCUCACACCUUCAGAAGCCAAGAUCUUACACAAGAUCCAUAAGGAACAUGAGGCCCAGUUGGUGGCCCACCUGGCUACUACCAGACCAACCAAGAAGAAAAAUCUCCGACUCCCCCACCGACCAGUGCCCCAGCUCCGACUGCCCAAGCCCCCUACCCUGUCGGCCCUAUACUCCUACCUGUACGGCCGCAAGAUCAAGAUCCUGGAGCUAUUUAACAGGAUGGACCAGACUGAGAACCAGAAGAUCUCCAGAGAGGAGUUCAUUAUGGCUCUAAAGGCAGUUGGAGUCCCUCUAGGAAACCAAGAAGUAGAGGAUAUUGUGAUCUAUCUCAGCUCUCUGGGGAAGCAAAACAGCAUCACCACUGAUAUCCUGGCCAACACCUACAAGCAGUGGCUUUUGGCCCAGCAGAGAAGGGCACUGCUAGCUACAAGGGAGUCCAAGCACAGAAUUACCCCACAGCAUCCAUCCAAGAAGCAGAAAGUGGAUUUAGCCCCACAGCCUCCCAAGAUGGACCUGCUGACUGUGCCCAUGGUUGACACCCAGAUGGAGGCAAGGCCCAUGACCCUGGAGGAGAUGGAGGAUGUUGGCAAACGGUACCGAGAAAGGAAGCGGCAGUGCAAGCUCAAGAUCCCCUCCAUUCAGUACACAGAGCGGUGCCGCCUGGUACGCAGUGGGAAUAAGCAUUUUGAUGAACACUGCCUCCCCUCCACCAUCUGUGGGGAGAUGAAUGAGCUCAUCAACACGUCCCGCAGGGACAACUUUCUGGUCUACCUGCAGUGCUGGAAGCUCUGUGAGUACUACGGCCUCCCACUGACGGAGGACAUCCUCGUGAAAGCCCUGCUGUACCCGGGGGACAAGAUCAUUUUCCAGAAGGACCAGGUGCGCCCGAUCCGGCAGCCGGGAGGCUACUACUCAGACUUUAAGGUCUUCAGCCCAACUCUAGCCCUGCUCAGUUCCCUGGACUUUGAAGAAACUAUGGCUAAGAAGACCAACAAGAAACUACCAAAGAAAAUCAAGAAAAUACGUUUUAAGGAAUUCGAGGAAUUCACCAGAAAGCUGAAGGCGAAGAGGCCCAGUGGUCCACAGCAAACCCACCCCAAUUUCUUCUGGCCAGGUCACCUCCUUGACAAGCUGCAGAUCUACCUGCCUACUGUGACCACAGAUAGGAGCCUGGCGCUCUUCAGUUGUGUCCAACACCGGCCCCAUGCCUACUCAGCCACCUACCAUCCUAACCACUGGUGGCCCAUUAAGAAUAUGAACUACUUGACUUGUGCCUAUUACGAUGCCCCCAAGGUCUACCACAUCAACUAGUGUGGUCCAGGUGUUGUCACACCUAGCCAUCCUGGGGCUGGGGACCAAUGUGGCUAGCAGCCCAGAGCCAUAGACAAAGAGGAGUGUCAACCAGACAAAAGAAGUCAUUUCAGUGAGGUGGCCUAGGCCAACUCUCUCUAGAGCAAAAGUGUCUAGGGUCUCAGAGGCAGAUGUAUCCACAAAAAGACGUGCAGUUUUUGAGUAUUUAAAAUAAACCAGGUUGGAGUUUUUUUCUCAUGUCA